AUGGAACUAGGAUGGAUGAAGGAGAGAAUUCAGCUCUUCGCGGCAUUGACAGACCCAUUUUCCGCCACGCUUGACGCAUUUCCUUCUAUAUACCCUGGGGCUACUGACCUUUCAAAGCCGAUAGCUUUCACUGAUGUCUAUUCCGGUAUCAGCCACCUGCGAAGGAAUUUUGCAGCCCUUAGCGCCUCCUACGGUGCCUGUCAUAUUGACGCAGAUUUUUCUACGUUCACGAUGCGUCUUCCACCCAAUCGGGAUAUGUUAAAUCUCACGGGGAUUCAUCUGCCCGAGUACAAGGACAUUAGUAACCCGACGGUCCGCACUGUGCAGACGCCAAAGGCCACUUCACCGGCCCCAACUGCCUCGAACGCAGCCCCCGUAAAGAACUCCUCGGGGGAUGCCACCGGCGCAACGGAGGAUUCUGCUGCCUCCGCUUCGGACGCCCAGAAGCCAGAAGACUUUGCCACUGCCGACGACGAACGCUACAAGCACGAAUAUUACAUUCUCCGUGCCUAUGAAGCCGGCUUUCCCACGCUGGAGCCUCGUUCGCCAACCAGGAAAGUCGUCUCACGGAUGCAGCACCUCGUCAGGAUGACAAAUGAUCGCAAAAUGUCUGAGCAUAGAACGCCUCCUAUCGCAAAAAGCACGAGUCCGGCGCAGAGUACGACUGCAGCAGUGUAUUCAUCAGACGCUCAAAAGAAAACGACACCGCCCGUUGUUCGACCAAUGGUUUCAGUGAAGCCAGUGACGGCGACGGGAACCCCUACGUCAAGUGUGAACGGGGAGCCCGCAUGUUCCCAGUCCGAAGGCGUGGGGCCCGAAUCAAUUGACCUAGAGGCGCUCAUUCAAUCGCAUGCUGAACAUAAAAGGAAAAUGGAGGAGAAGGCCAGUCGGAGGCGACUCCUGCAGAAGGCAGUAGUACGAACUGUGCCAGUAGAGCAGGCCCCACCUUCGCAGCCCGUGAAGACUGAGGAACCAAAAGUGAGGACCAAGGAGCCCACAUCACCCAGUGCCUCCCCUACGGGCACUUCCUCACCACAGGUCCCAUUGGAUCCCACGGAACGCUUUGAAUGGAUGGUUGAGGGCAUCUUUGACCACCUGACACCAUACGAUGUACGUUGUCUGGUGGAGGUGCUCGACUUACUGAAUCGGGCCGGAGACUUUCAAUGCGCCUUCCCCUGUUACGACGUCCAACAGUCUGCU